UUCGGAAGAAGGCGGGGCCUACCUCGCAUCAGGACCAGUCUGGCUGCACCUGCAUCCUUCGCUCAGAGCAUCCCUGGAGCAUCUUAGGAGGCGCCCGCAGCUGGCAACCAGGGGCCCGGCCGUCGCAGGAGGCGUCCGCCAGAUACCUCCCCCCCUCCCCUGAGCUAGCGCUCUACCGCGGCGGCCUCGGUGCUGGCCGGGCGUCCCCAGACUUGGCCGACCACUGAAAAAGCAUUUACAGCAAUAGCCUCUGAUUACGACAUGGCUGAGAUCACCAAUAUCCGACCUAGCUUUGAUGUGUCGCCGGUGGUGGCCGGCCUCGUCGGGGCGUCCGUGCUUGUGGUGUGCGUCUCGGUGACCGUCUUCGUGUGGACGUGCUGCCACCAGCGGGCAGAGAAGAAGCACAAGACCCCCCCCUAUAAGUUUAUCCACAUGCUCAAAGGCAUCAGCAUAUACCCAGAGACCCUCAGCAACAAGAAGAAAAUCAUCAAAGUGCGGAGAGACAAAGACGGCCCCGGGAGGGAAGGGGGGCGGGGGAGCGUGCUGGUGGACGCGGCGGAGGCUGGCCUGCUGGGCGGAGACAAAGGCCCCGGGGGCCCCAGCUCUGGAUCUUGUAUGGACCAGCUACCUAUUAAAGUGGACUAUGGGGAAGAACUGAGGAGCCCCGUCGCGAGCCUGACCCCUGGGGAGAGCAAAACCACUUCUCCGUCGUCUCCAGAGGAGGACGUGAUGCUAGGAUCCCUCACCUUCUCAGUGGACUAUAACUUCCCGAAAAAAGCGCUGGUGGUGACAAUCCAGGAGGCUCACGGGCUGCCGGUGAUGGAUGAACAGACCCAGGGCUCCGACCCCUACAUCAAAAUGACCAUCCUUCCCGACAAGCGGCAUCGGGUGAAGACCAGAGUGCUGCGGAAGACCCUGGACCCCGUGUUUGACGAGACCUUCACCUUCUAUGGCAUCCCGUACAGCCAGCUGCAAGACCUGGUGCUCCACUUCCUCGUCCUCAGCUUUGACCGCUUCUCCCGGGACGACGUCAUCGGGGAGGUCAUGGUGCCGCUGGCCGGCGUGGACCCCAGCACGGGCAAGGCACAGCUGACCAGGGACAUCACCAAAAGGAACAUCCAGAAGUGCAUUAGCAGAGGGGAGCUCCAGGUGUCUCUGUCAUACCAGCCCGUGGCACAGAGAAUGACAGUGGUGGUCCUCAAAGCCCGACACCUGCCGAAAAUGGACAUCACCGGUCUCUCAGGUAAUCCUUACGUCAAGGUGAACGUCUACUACGGCAGAAAGCGCAUCGCCAAGAAGAAAACCCAUGUGAAAAAGUGCACUUUGAACCCAGUCUUCAACGAGUCUUUCGUCUACGACAUCCCCCCUGACCUGCUGCCUGACAUCAGCAUCGAGUUUCUGGUCAUCGACUUCGACCGCACCACCAAGAACGAGGCGGUGGGGAGGCUGAUCCUGGGGGCACACAGCAUCACCACCAGCGGGGCAGAGCACUGGAGGGAGGUGUGCGAGAGCCCCCGCAAGCCCGUGGCCAAGUGGCACAGUCUGAGCGAAUACUAAUCCUGUGCUCCUCGCCUGAGCCCGGGGCUGGGCAGGGCAGGCGGGGAGACGCCAGGGAGAAGCAGACUUAAAACCUCAUUUUAGUUGUAGAAGAAGAUUUCUUACAAAAUAAACCCCACGAAGAACGCCCCGUGACCACAGCUGCAGAUCAGUUCUUAGUGAUGAUGAUUUUUCUCCUUCGCAAGGCACUAGAAAUUCUUUUUUUUUUUUUUUUAUGGGGAAAAAGAGAGGGAAAGGCCUCACCAGUCUAUAUAUAACAAUGUAACCUUAUACUUGCAUGUCUAAUACAAACUGAAGAAAUUAGCCUAACUGCCAAUAUCAAGUUACAGAUUUUGAUCCAUGAAAAUUGUGUUUUGUGCCGAAUUGUAUUUGCUGAUUACCUGAAAUUGGCCUCUUUUUACCGGGCUUUGCUGGAGAGGCGCCGUCUCCCCCCCCCCACCUCUGCAGGUGAGACCUCACGGCUUCAUCUUCCCCGUGUUCUCUGACACCCCUGCUCUUUGGCUGAGCCCAAGGUCCAGAGGUCCAGAGUGAGCCAGGAAACAGGCCGGGUGGACGAGGCAGGGUUUGCAGGGGAGAGAGGAUCCGAGGCGUGGGGUCUCUGCACCAGCGUUCCCGCAGGGAGGGGGCAGGGGCAGUCUGUGAUUAAUUUGUGACAAAGCACACGAACACAGCAGACUCACUAGGUAGAAUUCGGGUUUACGGAACUAGAUGACUGCUCUGGAGGGAGCUUUGAAGACUUCAGAUCUGGCUCUCCGGUGGCACCAGUGGGCUCGUGCGGCCGGUCCCAGACGCUGUUUGUGAGCGUGGGCAGAACGGAGGUGCCCGUCACCACCUUGCAGCUACACCAGCAAGUGACAGCCAUUUGUUGGUUCGAAGGAUGAAACUGACCUUUUUUUUUUUUUUUCCAGAAAUGCUCACCAUGGAGAAGCUGCAGUCUUCUCAGGUAGCUUAGAGGAGGUUGGCUUUGCUUCAUAAGGAAAAGGGCCUGCAAAAACUAGUCUGUAUCCUUAACUUUUUCAAUCGCGGC